AUGGUACGGCGGCGGCCUGCAGCAUCAAAGAAGCAGUCUGUGGCGUCAUCCAAUGUGAAGCCACCGGUGCAGCGCCAUAGCAAGAAGGUACCGUCUGCUGCAGCUCCAUGGAAGGCAUCCGGUCGUCAAAAUUCGGAUGUUAUGCCGCAAUCUGGGAAAAGGUCGGGGGCUGCAGGUGCCGUGGGCGUACAACCAUCCCCUGUCGGGAAACAACAGCCGCGGGGAAACCGCCUACACAUUCUUCCGACAGCACCAGAAGUGAACCUCUGGCGCGGUAUGUGCAGACCAGCUAUUUUGGUGCAGUCUUUAGCCAACAUUGGAACACUUGUAGAGGUGGAUCAAUUAUUGCCCUUCAUGUCGGGAGAGCCGCGCUUCCCGUUUUCAGCCCUCACGGAGGAUCGGCUACUGGUAGCUGUACAGGCUCUCGUGGAUGCCACAUGGCUUUUACAGCCUACCAUUUACGUGGAAAACGGUCUUCAAGGUGGCAGGAGCCUCACUCAAAAUAACGGGGUACCGGUAACUCUCCCACCCCAUCAACGCUGGAGGUUGGUGCGUAAGCUAGUGGAGCUUUCGGAGGCUGCGGUUCCAAUGAAGUUUUCCAUAUUGCUUACUCAUGGAGGUCGUACUGGCACCAUCAAUAGUACAGCUUCAGAAUUGCUACCAACAAGUCCGUGUGCUUUACGCAGACGUCUAGAAUGCUUGAGACGCUUACAGCAAAUGCGGGAGUUCCACCUUCGCUUGGUUCCCGCGCUACGCCGUGUAGGUACGAAAGGUGAAGUUGCAAAAUUACUCUUCGGUCCAUCAGCAGGCCAGAUCGACUUUGUGGAGCCCAUGCCUGAAGUGAGUGCCAUGCGCCAGGGAGAACAAGAUGUGGUAAGGAACUUACUGGAGAAAGUGAAUGAGUGUGUACCGUGCGGUGAGUCUUGGGGCUCGCCAUUCGUUAUGCCGCUACGCAUUUCCUCUGGAGCCUACAUUUUACAAAAAUAUGACCGUGCGGAAGCGCUAGCGCGUCUCCUGCACGUUGCCGAGUUUUUUGGGUUACCGCCGUUCCUGCGCUCCAUUCGCGUGUCCGAUGGACGCCAACGCCCGUUUAUACCGCAUCUGGUGGCGAAGGAAGAUGACUCGCACUCGAUCGGAAGGUUACCGCCUUCUUUGUAUUUUUCCCCGAGCGAUCUGGACCCCCAUCACUACGACGUAUCGGGAAGUGGUCAAGAGCAAGUUGUACAAGAGGAGUUAAUGGACCUUGCUGGUCGGCAUUGCUGCUUUGGUGUGCUAACUGGGGAGGCGGACCAGGUGAUAUCCCUGAUUCGCACCAGUGCUUCAAUUAGACAACAGAUGAAAAAUAAAAAGAAUGCAGAAAUAAAAGUGGAAGAAAUCGAAGAUGUCGCUGUCGAUGAUGGGGCAGCCGCUCAUAGCGAAGUCAUAGGCGUGGAUCCCCUUGCGUCUCACGCAGCCGCGAUUGUAAAGGGUUGGCAAAAGAAUAUCAACAGCGGAGGUCGGAAGGAGGCGUAUGUGCACUGGCUCUGCAAUAACCGGUGGAACCAGUUGACGAGUUACUACGCCAUCGUGCUUAUGGUCGUCCUCCCACAUGGCUGUGAGGUGGAGGAGAAGGAGGGUGCCACGGAGGAAAGGGAUAUAACAACGUUUUAUUAUGUGGCUGCGGUUUGUGAACUCACCAGACAGUAA